ACCAUUUGAACCCAGCUUUAUUCACAAGAGGGGUUCAUUGAAAAGAUGGAAAUUCAGUGGAGCUGGAUUUAAUCUAACAUCACCAAUAUGCUUCUAUUGACCAUCUAACUUUACUCUGAACAACCAUGGAAACUCUUGAACAUCACCCUUUGUGUGCCUCUCUCAUUUCUGCUAUGUUUGCCUGGUCCUUCUCCAUCCAACUGUCUAGAAUGAAGAUUCUUCCCCUUUGGGGUCUUAUAUUCUUCUGCUGCCUACUCACCAUGACUCUAGCCCAACAUUAUGAAAAUGUCCCAAGUAACCUGCAAGCAAAUAAGCUACAGCUGGGCUAUUAUUGGAAGAACAAGUCUGGUAAAGCAGAAAAAGUCCAAGACCUGGAUUGUAAUUCUACCUCGGAGGCUUAUUCCUUGUGUUUAUACAAAUUUAUGGAACAGAGUAUCAUCAGUGCCCUCUUUGAUGCUUCAAAGACUGUAGAAACACCAAAUACUGCUAUUGGGAAGCUGAUGCAGAGAGCAGAAUCAAAACUCCAGCAAUUUCUUGAGCUUAAUAUUACCAAUGGCAAGCUUUUCCACAUUAGAAUUCAGACAGUUAAGAAGGAACCUCGCCUCUCUUCAAAAAUCCUGGUCAAAUUCAACAUGGAAUUCAAAGUGCCAGUUACUAAACAAAUAAUCCUGCCACAUGUAAUCAUUGCCAUGCCAACUGAAGUCAGAGCGGAAAAAGAUGAGAAGAAUAAAAUCCAUCUGGCCCUUGGCUCCUUAAUCACUGAGGACAACCAUUUAAACAGCACAAUCACUUAAAUUGAUAUCCAAAUGAAUUUGGAAAAUGGCCCCCAUGCAUUGAAUGGAUUCCUGAAGAAAUACCAAAUAGAAUACCAAAAAUAAUUCUCCCCCCUGCUCACCAUUUCUUCUCUAUCUUGGAAGACUUUUCAGAUCCCAACCCUUGAUUAGCUGCUGAUGUCCAUAAUGAUUAGAUUGCUGUUGACUGGGAGGAACACACAUUUUUUGGGAUGUACGUAAAGCUAUCAUCUUCUCUAGGUUUCAAUUGUGUUCUUUUACUGGUGCUCCUCUUACAAUAAACCACCCUCUCUGGACCUGA